GUGCUCCAUACCCACAGCAGCAGGUUGAAGGCAUCGCCUUGGUUUCCUGUCACAUGAUCCGAAAUAGGAUCCCUGUUUUUAGCGCUUUGCGCCGUGUCGGUGCGCUGCAGAUCGGCGCUGGAGCGCUAGUGCUUGUGCGCUCACUGAUAUUCACACUCACUCACACACGCACACACACCGAAAGGCGGACAAGCGCAGCUUUGCCAGCGUACAGCUCGGAUAGCAGCGCGCUAGAGUCGAGACGGGACACCUGGGCGCGUCGGGACGCUUCGGACGCACAGAUACAGGAAGGACAGAGUGGAGACUCGUCAGAUGAGCUGUGUCUCAGUUCCAACGAUGGAUCGCCGCUGGACAGCGGCUGCGCCUCUCAUCCUCAUCCUUAUCCUCCUCCUCGCGAACACACCGAUCGCUGCUCGUUUCCACACGGAGUGUUACACAGCCAAUGGUGAGGACUACCGGGGACAUCAGAACCAGACUUUCCUUCAUGGGGGAAAGCAGUGCCUCUUCUGGAAUGAGACCUUCCAGCAUCCCUACAACACCCUCAAGUACCCUAAUGGCGAGGGUGGCUUGGGGCAGCACAACUACUGCAGGAACCCGGAUGGUGACGUACGACCCUGGUGCUAUAUCGCAGACCAUGAAGAUGGAACCUACUGGAAGUACUGUGACAUCCCCACCUGCCAGAUGCCCGGGAACCUUGGCUGCUUUAAGGACACUGGAGACCCUCCGACCCUGACUGGCAGCAGCGAGACAUCCAACAAGCUCACCAUCCAGAACUGCAUCAGCUUCUGCCGCAAGCAGAGGUACAAGCUGGCAGGGAUGGAGUCAGGCUAUGCCUGCUUUUGCGGCAAUGAUCUGGACGACCACGAUGAAGCUCCCAGCACCGAGUGCAACCAUGUCUGCUUCGGGGACCACACCCAGCCCUGCGGCGGGGACGGCCGUGUCAUAGUCUUUGACACACGGGUGGGGGCAUGUGGUGGGAACUACACCUCCCCCUCUGCAGUGAUUUAUUCGCCGGACUUCCCGGACAAUUAUGGCACCGGACGCGUUUGCUACUGGACCAUCCAGGUUCCUGGGGUUUCAGUCGUCCAGUUCAACUUCACCUUCUUUGACAUUGUCGACCAGGCAGACAUGGUGGAGCUCCUGGACGGUCACACCAACCAAGUGGUGGCCCGCUUCGAUGGACGGAACCCGCCACGGGGCGUGAUGAAUGUCAGCACCGACUUUGUCAUCCUGUACUUCUAUUCUGACAGAACCAACCAAGCCCAAGGCUUUGCUGUCCUGUACCACGCACUCAAAGGCACAGAACCCAGGACUGGCGAAGAAGAGGAAGGUUACAAAGAAAUGGUAGAGCCUGUGAGUACGAUGGAGCCAGCCCCCGAGAGCAUCACGGGGAAGGCCAACGACACCCUGGGCGGACAGUCCUCCCAGAUCCUGUAUGUGAUCACAUCGAGCCCCGGAAAGCCCGACCAUAACAUGCCAGUGUGGACCAUUUAUGCACUGGCUGCUCUUCUGACACUGACAGUCAUAGCCAUGAUUGCAAAAUUACUCCUGCACAUCACCGUCAAAUCCCCAACCAUACCGUCCAUCAGUGGAUCAGAAGCCUGCAGCCAGAACCCUGCCUCAGAGCCUUGGAUCAUCUUCUAUCGGCCCUCCACCAUAUCUUUCUUCAAGAAGAAGUUGAAGAACCACCACGGCGACCUCAGCCCUCUUGUGGGCAACUAGGGCAGUGUCCUCUGCAGGUAGCAAGACUGCAGUUGCCCACAGUCUUCUGGCAUCUUGUGGUGGACUUACAAAACAAACAAACAAUCAAGCGAACAAACAACAGAGUCAGCUAAAGACUGGGCAGCUGAAUAAGUGGUGUGGGCUGAGGCUGCCAGGCCCUGGCCUGACUUUACACUGACAAGAGUGUGAGACACUGGACGCAAAGCAAGCCUUUUCAAGCCGCUUUCUCCUGCUUUGCCAGCUGAUGCAUCUGUAACCGUGGUUGGACUGGGUCUUUUUGAAAAGGGCAAGUUCUUUGGGAGCUUUCCGGGGAGUUUGUUUUACUCACAAUCGCUUGGAAAAAAUAAAAACCUUCCUCCCGCAGAACAGUGGCCCAUGAAAUAAAAGAGCAGUGACCCGCAAGCUGCAUUGUGAAGCAGCGGGGACAAAGAAAAAUUGGCUAUUGUUCAUUCUGUGGGGAAGGUUUUGUCCUCACCAGGGGGAGGAGGACGAUGUCCCGAGUCGAAUGUCACACAAACCUGGCUCAAGCGUGUCUUCAGGGGGAAAAGAUUGAAUUUGGAGCUUUGUAAAGGAGUCUUGUGUACGCUCGUCCUCACGUUGGUCACUUCCAUUUUACAUACAUGGAGACCACGUUUCCCAAGGUGGUGGGCCUGCUUGCAUUAGCAUUUGUAUAGACGAAGGCUGAAAAAUUUGCAGUUUUCAGCUCUGACCUCAGAGCAGGCAACCAAAUCAAGAGGACUUACAGGACGAAGGCCCGGUGAUUAGAGACACAGCCACGGACCUGAAUCAACCACAUUUUAGACAUCCAUUCUGAGUCCUCGGGACGUUGCCACGUUUGCUGUGGGCUUUGGUCUUCCGAUCAGGACUGCGUCAAAGUGCCUUAAGAGUUGGAAAGCCAUUGGGGCUUUUCAAUGAGAUUUACUGCCAUUCUUUCCUAUAACUUACUUGACAUUUGGCCUGUAUGGCAAUGGCAAUGCCAACGCUUUGCAAAAUCACGUCAAUAUAAAAAGAGAGCAAUCAGUGCUAUAGAUGCUAUCUAUUUUUGCUCAAACACCAGACAAAUGUGAUCAUAUAAGUUACUGAGUUAUUUUUUUGUACAGUUGCACCAUAUAGUACAUACAUGUAUAAAAAGACUUCACUUGCGGUUGCUGACGAAAGUUGGCGUUCUCUGACGUUUAUGUUAAUCCAUUCAAGCAGCAGUGCAGAAGACUGGUGCAGCAGCUCGGUUUAGUAGGCAUCAAUGCCAAAUACGGAAAAGGUUGCCAGUUCAGAUCUCUAAAGGGUAUGACAGUUGUUCUGUUAAUCUGGAAUGACUCUGUAAAUACCAUAAAAACAGAUAAUGGUGGCUACAAAUAUAUAUUUUUUAUAAUUUUUCAUGUACAAGAAUGAAUUUACAGUACCAUUUGAAACUUUGAACGCAUUUUCUGUACCUCCCCUCACAUAUGGCAUUUGGUUAAUACAUUUGAUCACGUGAGCAGCCACUGCAGCUCUUUUGCAGUAGUUCCCAGAACCAUAGGACACCCGUGUUGCUUCACCUCGACUCUUCUGUCCAGUUCAUGCCAUACAAGUAUUUCCCAAGAUGCCUGAGUGUACUCAAACUUUUGACUGAUACAUACAGCCCAUCAUUGCAGAAAUCUGACAUUUUUGACCCAGUGUCUAAAAAAACACCAGUGUCAAGAUAAUGGUGGAGAGCUUUGAUGUUACAAACUGGUAGACAUUUGUGUUCUUAUAGGAUGAUUGACUGCACAGACUUAUUGAAAAAUCAUUAAUAUGCAAGCUUUGUGUGUUCACGAUUCAUAGUGCUGUUAUAUCAGAAUGCAUUCCCACAUCCCUUGAGAUUACACACUUUUCAACCCCUCUUGAUGAAGAUGGUGAAUCAAGGGAUUGGAGAGGGUGUAAAAGUACUGAUGUGAAUGUGAGUGACGGUUGAUACGAGAGCUUUGCUUCACAGUCCAUUUGAACUGAUGCUAAAGGUUGCUAUGACAUAAAAAUCUAAAUAUGUGUGCAUUUCGUAUGAACUUGUAUGUGUGCGUGUUGUACUUACACAGUUUGCAUGUCACAUGUGCACUGGUGCAUGCCAGCACCAGUAUGGGAUUUUUUGUUCUGAACUGGAAAAUGCGUUCAUUGUAUUGCCCAGUCUGUGCUUCCAGCAGCUUUGUGAAUUUUCUCAUUCCCUUUAUUACAAUUUACAACAAACAAUUGUUUUCCAGGAUGUAUGCAAUGUAGUUUGAUCAGUGAGGUCAUGUUUUACAAAGUCUGAUGUUCGUUGAGAAUUCAAAUCUUAUGACUUUUCUGACAUGAAAUAUUGAACCAUUUAAGCAUACAAAGCAUUCCUUUUUGGUGAGACUGAAAAACCUGUAAAAUUAAAAGAAA